GAUUGGGGGUAACUAAUGAAUUUGUAUAGUUUAACCUGUGUAACAAGUUUGAUUCCUUUCGAUGGCCACGAUAUCUAGCAACAAACCUUGCCUGGAAAAGCCGAAGAAGCCAUUCGGUAGCCAAACUGCCAAAGGGAACUCUUGUCGGCCUCCUCCGAUACAGAUCACGAAGACAAGCAAUAUGGAGCCAGUUACUCCAAGGAUAGUAGAGUCCGUUGAUCCCUUGACGAAGAAAGUAGAUUCGAGCCUAUCACUGAGUGACCUGAAAGAAGUUCCGAAUCAUGUUAUUUCUGAAGUGAGUCAGAAUGAUGGAUUACCAGGAGGUUCCGGUGAACAAGAAAAGAAAGCAUCGGAACAUGGAAUUAAUCCGGCUUCAGCUAAAUCCAGUGAUGGGGUUACCAGCCUUGUUGUGACUAGUGGAAAUGCCAAAACCGGUGAUCAUCCCGAUUGUAUUGCGAGCGGUAAGAACAGUAUUUGCAGAGGUAGCACGAGCAGCGAUGUGAGCGAUGAAAGUACGUGUAGUAGCUUAAGUAGUAGCAUCAACAAACCUCAUAAGGCAAACGAUAUUAGGUGGGAAGCCAUACAGGCUGUCCGAGUAAAAGACGGUGUGUUGGGUCUGAACCAUUUCAGAUUACUGAGGAGAUUAGGCUGUGGGGAUAUCGGAAGUGUUUAUCUUUCAGAAUUAAGUGGAACAAAGUGUUAUUUCGCAAUGAAGGUGAUGGACAAAGCAUCUUUAGCAAGUCGUAAGAAACUUCUUCGAGCUCAAACCGAGAGAGAAAUACUACAAUCCCUGGACCAUCCCUUCCUUCCGACAUUGUAUACCCAUUUCGAGACCGAUAAAUUUUCAUGUUUAGUGAUGGAGUUCUGCCCCGGGGGUGAUUUGCAUACUCUAAGACAGAGACAACCAGGGAAGCAUUUUACUGAGCUAGCAGUGAAGUUCUAUGUAGCAGAGGUUCUCCUUGCUUUGGAAUACCUCCACAUGUUCGGUAUCGUUUAUCGUGAUCUCAAGCCGGAAAAUGUUCUUGUUCGAGAAGAUGGACACAUAAUGCUUUCAGACUUUGAUCUUUCACUCCGUUGCGCUGUCAGUCCGACACUGGUCAAGUCAUCCACACCUGAGUCUGACUCCUUGCGAAAGAAUCCGGUUUAUUGUGUACAACCUGCUUGCAUCCAGCCAGCAUGUGUGGUUCCUACGACAUGUUUUUCACCUCGCUUCUUUUCCUCAAAAUCCAAAUCCAAAAAAGAGUGCAAGCCGAAGAAUGAAAUGGGGAACCAAGUCAGUCCAUUGCCGGAGCUCAUUGCAGAGCCGACCAAUGCUCGUUCCAUGUCGUUCGUGGGAACCCAUGAGUACUUGGCUCCUGAAAUUAUCAAAGGUGAGGGGCACGGAAGUGCUGUCGAUUGGUGGACUUUUGGGAUCUUCUUGUAUGAGCUAUUGUUCGGUAAAACCCCUUUCAAAGGAUCCGGGAACCGAGCAACUCUCUUCAAUGUCGUAGGGCAACCAUUGAGAUUUCCAGAAUCACCUGUAGUAAGCUUUGCAGCGAGAGAUUUGAUAAGGGGUUUGCUGGUCAAAGAGCCACAGCAUAGGUUGGCAUAUAAGCGAGGCGCAACCGAGAUAAAACAACACCCCUUCUUCGAAGGCGUAAAUUGGGCUUUAAUCCGUUGUGCAAGUCCCCCGGAGAUUCCAAGACCGGCCGAGAUCGAACGGAUUCCAGCCCCCACAUCAUCAGCCGGUGAUAAACCUGCUGUUUCUGCUGCCAAGGAUCAGAAAAACUAUCUGGAAUUCGAUUUCUUUUAAUUAUUCUCAGAACCAUUUUCCUGUUUGUUUCCCCCUUUUUUUUCCGAUUCGAGAUAAAUGUAGAGUUUAUCAAACGUUGAUGAUGUGCGAAUUACGAUUUCUCGAAUGAUAAAUGAUUAUAUUGCUUGAUGUCUUACUUUUCAAA